GGUCUAAGGGUAUACGGGUCCAUCAGAGUCAACAAUCCGAUCAAGUCUACGAAAUAUUCGACAUCGUUACGGCUUCAUCAGAGGUGUAAGGUCUGCUGCGCGCUGCACGUGUGGGCUCAGGGCUCGUGGAGAGGGGACGCAUGCAGCCAGCAGCAGGCGAACAUCCAUGCACCGGACCUCUUUGGCUCCACGCCUCCGUCUCCGCGCGUCGCGUACGUCGACCUUCUUUCUGCCUCUCCCUCUCCGACGCUUGGCAAGCUUCAUCGUUGCCACCUUGAUGAGAUUUUGGCUUUGGGAGAAGCAAGGGCAGAGGAACAGCGAGCGCGUCAGCCACUUUCGUCUUUCGACUUUUGCCCACAUGGAAACUCACACACCUCCUCUGCUCAAGUGCUGCUCUGCACCUUCUCCCUUGCCGGGUCUAGCUGAUCCCUCUCCCCCUUCUCUCUUCUGCGUACAAGCUGCAUUCGCAUUCGAAAGAGCACGCGCACGCGCACGCACUAAGCACGCUUCAUGCGCCAAGUCAAAAAAAUGAACAGGUACUCACGACUCAAGACUGUAAAGCACGAAGGAAGAUAAGUGAUUGAGAUCUAGCUGCUGCUGCUGCUACAGCAGAUGUGGUGUCGCAUGACCCUGCUGCAUGCUCGUCGUCGCCCUUUUCUCACUCACCUUGUGCGAUCAGGCAAACCCACCCCCCCCCAACCA